AUGAAAGCCACUCAAAGAGUCCCCUUGGUUACCUUUGGUAAUAGCAGCCGGUCUGUCUUGCCUGUGAAAGGAUCCUACAGCGUAGGCGCAGACCUCACCUGGGAAUCGAGACGCAAAUCUCGGCGGGCUAAGCUUUUGUUCCACGCCGGCUUCAGUCUAUUCGGUCAACAAAUCCUCCGUUUUGAACUCUGUGCUCAACUAAUCUGUCACUCUUGGAAAAUUGGUCCUUCGAUCAACUCGUCCUUGACCAUCAUCAACCUGCGGCCCAGCCACAGUCCAAUAUUUCUUGCUUGUCGUCGCUACAAUAUUGACGAGGUUCAUUACUUGUUGGAAACGGGUCAUGCCAGUAUCAAUGAUGUUGACUCGGAGACGGGAGGAUUGCUUGAGGAAAGUUUGAUGGAAACCCGCACUCUUACUCCUGAAACAAAGUUUCUCCAAGGUGGUCAGGAUCUGUUGGAGUAUCUCCUGGAUCAAGGUUGUGAUCCGACUUUGAUCCACAUGCGAUCUAAAAGCAGUCUCAGACCAGCAAUACUGGCUGCUUUCGAACAAGGCUUCCAACAAGCCACUUUAUCCAUGAUGUCACACGGGGCAGACCUUUGCUCCUUUGGCAGCGAAGCAGCAGGGCUUUUUUAUGACCACAAAGGGUUUGUCUGGAAAUAUCGACUUUUGCAGUCAAUAGGAUUUUCAGACUGGCGGCUCGACAAACCUGCAGACAACCUGCUUUAUGGUGCCUGUUGGAGCUCGAACUUGGACCUUAGUCUUUUUGCCUUGGAAAUAGCCGGCAUAGAUCCCAACCAAGGAGGCAUGCUUGAAAGAAAGCCGCUAGGCAACGCCGCUCAAAGGGGAUGGAUUGAAGGUAUCGCAGUUCUCCUUCAGUACGGAGCCUUUGUCAACGUCAGCGAGGGUAGUUGGAACGGACCACCCCUUCAUCGAAGCAUGUCUCUUUCUCACAUCAUGACUGAUACAUCCCAUUUUCUGCUACUCAAAGGUGCUGAUCCAGGGCUGAAAGACAUCAGGGGAAUGUCUGCAUGGGGCCAUCUGAUGUCAGAGCAGUACGACCCAUCAUUUGGCUGGUAUCUCGAAUUUCCGUACCUCGCCUUCGAAGGCUCAGUCGCUCACCUGCUUCACCAUGGUUCAGACCCUUUUGAAAUUUUUGUUUCUGAUUACGAGAUUCUCAACGGGCCACGUCACAUCACUUGGUUUACUCAGAUGGGGCACCUUCAAGCGCCAGACAUUGCCCGAUUCAGGAGCUAUGGAAUGUCACGGAUGAAAGAUAGAUUUGAAGGUAGGGACGCUUUUCAGGAUGGUCUACCUGAAGACUUGGUUGAACAAUUGGAGAUAUGUGACCGCGCUCGCAAUUUCGACUGGAAAUUUCAAUGGAACAAGGGUGGAGACAUCAGCUGGAACAAAAGCUGUUCAUCAGCAGGCCAUGUGGAAGCAGCAGGCUCAGUAUCGUCAGUAGACGAUGAAGAACCUGAUUGUGAAAAUUCCACGGUGUCAGCGGACGCAUACUCUGACGAUGAAGACUCAGACCCUGACAGGAGUGAUCGUUACAUCACUCACGAGGGCAAGUUCGUCCCAAUUUGGAAAUAUGCGGAUUCGCAAACCCCAGACCUUGCUGACUCCUUCUUGUCAUUCGAACUGAGCUCACGUUUCUUUGCAAACGCGACCAACUUCUAUCGUCACAUUACAACAUUACAGGGCCAGAGGCAGCUUUCACGCUGGCCUAUGGUCAGGGCUUUAUGCGACGGUCUUCAACAUGCAGGUUAUCGGGUUGAGAUGGGCGAUGAUGGCGACCUGUGGUAUGAUUGCGAAGAUGGGGACAGAUAUUUCGAUGCUUGGGAGACACAGCCCGCCGAAGACCGCGAUAAUUGGCUGGUGGAUGUCUGCCCAAUCUGCCAGAACUUUGAAAAGCAUGGCCUGGGUCAUAUUCUGGACAUCGAGAAAGAGGCCAAAGAAAAGGUGUGCGAAUAUAAGAGGCAGUCAGCCCAACCACCAACCUCUAAGCGCCCCGAUUACCCCGCGAUCAGCGACGAACUCUGCUACGAUUGGGGACUAGGCACCGAUUUGCUUGCCUUUAAACGGCCGACAUCUCCGAGGCGAUGCUACUCCAAACCCUGGCUGGUGGACCACGGCAACACCCACGGCGGCCACGAGACUCAAUGA